UAGCGGUGUGCUUAAGGUUAAGGCUUAAAAAAAAUCUGAUUUUGUGGCUGUGCCAGGUAGUGACACUCUGCAGAGCUACCUCCAGAACAAGAUUGAUGACAAGAAAUGCUAACCUGCUCCCUCCCUCCUCAAAGGCGGCCGCAUGCUUCCAGGUACAGUUUGUGCAUAUACUAUGACUUCAUUUUGCGAUGUUUUUGUUCGUUUUGGAGUUCGGUUAGGGUUCGUCGGCUGUUCGGGCACACAACAUUUUUUCUCAAGGUCCAGCCGAUUUUUGGAAGCCGAAGUCUACACCCCUUCUGUAAUAUUCAUAUAUGUAAACAUACUGAAUUGUAAUUGGAUGCAUUUUUACCGCCAUAUCAUACUGUGCUAUGGUUGGUUAAGACCACCCUAAUGGUUAGGUCAUCGUCAGUUUGAUCCUGGUUGGCGAUACGUGGACAUGCCAGUUAUAGCUAGCUAAUAAAGAGCUCCGUUAAGAAAUAUCCUGUAGUACUGCAUUUUAUCAUUUUGUACAAAGUGUGCACCAUCGUCCUUGAUUGGUCAACUGUAGGGUUGACACGAGUUUCUGCUUUUUGUUGAUUUAGUCCGAAACUCUGUGGAUUCGACAUGACAAACGACAACAUUGAGCAUCUAUUGACUGAGGAGGUAAAGAAGUACCUUCUCCACUGCAUUAUAUAAAGACUAGCAUGUAAAUGGCAAUUCAUGGAGGGAGAUUGCGGAGACACUGGGGUCCGACCCAACCGCUUGUUCAAAAAAUUGGGGAAGAGUUUGUGACAAGUUCGACAAUGCAAAGAAAAGAAACAAGGGCCGCAGUGGAGAUUCCGGUGGAAAGGCUACUCCAGAAAUGUUGCUGCUGGCUUGUUUGGCACGUGGAGCAUGGGAAGACUGAAAGCAACAUGCCAUCUUCACCAAAGGAUGGGUGAAUGGAGACAGCACCUGGUUUGUUCUCUGCGCCCCAGCAUUGCCUUUUCACUGGCCCCAAGCACUACCUCUGCCAUCAGUGCUGUCUGGUGAUCAGCCCCCAGUCCAUAUCCUGCACAGAUUUGCAGUGCAGAAUUAGAAACAGUCUCCAUGCAGGACCUGGGAAGCUCUAUCCUGAGCCCACCUCAAAGACGUACUUCACUGGCUUGCUCCUCACCGAUGCCACACAGCAUCAGCAGUGGUAGCAGGGGUGUGAGAAGAAGGGAGAAAAGAGCUGCAGACACAGUCCUUGACACAUCACUCGCAAAGGCAUUGGAAAUGAUUGAAGACAUGCAGUGCGAUCGGAAAGUAUUCAGACCCCUUGACUUUUUUGACAUUUUGUUACGAUACAGUCUUAUUGUAAAAUUGAUUAAAACCUUUUCUCCCUCAUCCAUCUACACACAAUACCCCAUAAUGACAAAGCAAAAACUUUUCUGUUUUUUAUUUUUCAUGAUUUUGCAAAAUAGAAAAAUAAAUCAAAACAACCAUCCCACUCCUUCAGUCACAUUCAAAUCACAUCCCUACACAGACUCAGGUGCCUGUUAGGAUGGAACAUUUAGGCCAUUUGGGCCUCACAGGUGCCUGUGAGGACAGAAUAGGCAGCCAACACGUGCUCAGCAUAUGUGGGAACUCCUUCAAGACUGUUGGAAAAGCAUUCCAGGUGAAGCUGGUUGUGAGAAUGCCAAGAGUGUGCAAAGCUGUCAUCAAGGCAAAGACAAGAUUGAUGAUGAGUUGGAGAUGACCAUGGUGUGUCACAGGCCUGAGGGUCUGGAGCAGUUGGAGGCCCAGACCAACUUCACCAAGAGAGAGCUACAGAUCCUCUACCGCGGCUUCAAGAAUGAGUGUCCGAGUGGAGUGGUGAAUGAAGAAACAUUUAAACACAUCUACGCCCAGUUCUUCCCCCAUGGAGAUGCCAGCACUUACGCUCAUUAUCUCUUCAAUGCAUUUGACACAACAAACAAUGGAUCCAUUAAGUUUGAGGAGUUUGUAAUGGGACUGUCUACACUGCUGCGGGGCACUAUGAGAGAGAAGCUGGAGUGGACUUUUCAUCUUUACGACAUCAACAACGAUGGAUACAUUAACAGAGAGGAGAUGACUGAGAUUGUGAGGGCCAUUUACGACAUGAUGGGGAAAUAUACCUACCCUGCACUCAAGGGAGAUGUCCCUAAACAGCAUGUGGAUGCUUUUUUCCAGAAAAUGGAUAAAAACAAAGCUGGAGUUGUGACUUUAGAGGAGUUCAUUGUCGCAUGCCAGGAGGAUGAAAUGAUGAUGAGAUCCAUGCAGCUCUUCGAAAAUGUGAUGUAAAAAAGGAGCCGAUGGAAGGAAGGAGAGAAUUAGAUAAUGAGAGAGAUUGUGUGUGUGUUUCAGUGCAUUCGUGUGAGUUCAUGUGCGCAUGUGCGUGUGUCCACACAUGUUUGUUUAUCCGUGCGUGUCUGUCAGAGUGGAUGAAUGUGGAUGUAUAUCUAUCUCUCUCAUCCUCUCAUCUAACUUGUCAGCAUUCAUAUGUUUGCCAAAUAAUGUCUCUGCCUGGCUACCUGCCUGGGUAUGGAUCAGAUGAAGCCAGAACUGCUGAGAGAACCCUGGACUUGCUAGUCAUAUUGCUGAGCCUGGGAGUAUGCAAACGAAUUACCUGGAAAAUGCUUUCUGCCUUUUUAUGUGACAUAAAGGUUUGUAAAUCAGAUGAUCAUACAAUAUAGACUGCAGUGUGACAAGGCUGAGAAAACUCAAACCCAUACGCUGCUCCCCGAUUAGGCCUAUGUGGAAACUCCUGAAAGACUCCUGACCCCUACCUGUCAAACACUGAAACUACGCCAGGAUACUUUGGGUUCUUUUGACUGUUCUUUUUGCCAAAAUAGAUGCAUGCUUGAGCCAGAGGGAUUCCUCCCUCCCUACCAUAGAAAUAGAAUCAUGAUUCUACGUCUAUGCGCCCUACAAACCAUUAGUUUGUCCAGGACUUGGACCUUCAAACUCAUUCAUUCAGUGAUUGAUUUAUCGAUAGCUAUGAUCUACAUAUCUGCUUAUUUAUUAAUGUGUUUAUGCUCGAAAAAUAUGAGGUUGUCCUAAUGUAUUAUUUGUUUGUUUUAAUUGUUGUUUCUGUUUCACUGUUGUCGUGGUGACCUCUGUACCUCUGUUGGCUUGGCUGUCGCACUCCUGUUUAUCCUUGUAAUUGUGUCUGUCCCUGACUGAUGCCUGUUCUACUGUAUGCUUAUAAAUACACCUAAUAGACUUGG